AUGCUGUCCUCUCAAAAUACACGUUCCGCCCUCAAAUUGAUUGAGAAGGCUUUCAUCAACAAGGUGCUAUCAUCAAAUGCCUCCUUGGCUUACAUGUCAUCGGGUAGCAUGAAUUUAUGUGCCAAGAGAAACUAUAGUCGUUCUAGUAACUUGAAGAGAAUGAAUUUCAUUGCUGCUAAUCAGUUUUCAAUGAAGAUGAAGAAUCAGUCAAUGAUGAUGAUCAUGAGCAACAACUUGGAACAACAACAAAUGAGAGGAUAUGCUAGUCUUCCAAAGGGAGCUUCUGUCAUUAACAUGCCUGCACUUAGUCCUACAAUGACAACAGGUAAUAUUGGAAAAUGGUUGAAAAACGAAGGUGACAAGAUUAAUGCUGGAGAUCUUUUGGUUGAAGUUCAAACAGACAAGUCAACUUUAGAAUUCGAAUUCCCAGAAGAGGGUUAUUUGGCAAAGAUUUUAACUCCAAAUGGUUCUAAGGACGUUGCACUUGGAAGUCCAAUCGGUAUUCUUGUUGAUGAUGCCUCAAAGAUUUCCUCUGUUCAAAACAUCACAUUGGCUGAUUUGGGAGCUUCAUCAGGAGCUUCUGCUACUAGUGCCCCUUCAAAGACACCAUCAACAACACCAUCCACUCCAUCAACACCUACUACAUCAACAACAUCUCAAAAGCCAAAGGGUGUUCAUGAAAUUACAAUGCCAAUGCUUUCACCAACAAUGACAAAGGGACGUAUUGGAUCAUGGGUUAAACAAGUUGGUGACAAGGUUUCACCAGGAGACAUCAUUUGUACUGUUGAAACUGAUAAGGCCACAGUUGAUUUUGAAUUCCAAGAAGAAGGUUAUUUGGCAAAGAUUGUUGCCCCACAAGGUACUGAAACAUCUCUUGGAGAAGUUAUUGCCAUCCUUGUUGAUAAGAAGGAAGAUUUAGCAACAGGUGCCUCCUACACACCAUCUGCCGCUACUGCUGCUCCUUCAACACAGCAACAGGCUCAACCACAACAGCAACAACAACCACAGUCACAACCACAAGUUCAACCUCAACAACCUACAAGCAUACAACAAGGUGCUACUGGAGGUCGUAUCUUUGCAUCUCCCUUGGCAAAGAAGGUUGCAGCUGAAAAAGGAGUUGAUUUGAGAGAAAUUGGAUCGGGAAGUGGAGAUUCGGGAAGAAUUAUUAGAGCUGAUGUCGAGGAAUUCCUUAUGCGUAAACCAACUAUUCAAGAACAACCAAAGGUUGCAGCUGUUGUUGCCCAACCACAAGUUAUGCAAGCUGGAGUUCCAACUGCUUCCUAUGUUGAUAUUCCAGUAUCUACUAUUCGUAAGGUCAUUGCUGAACGCUUGACUGAGUCAAAGAGAAAUAUUCCUCACUAUUAUUUGACUGUUGAAAUUGAAGUUGAUAAGUUGUUGAAGGCAAGAGAAGAGUUGAAUAAGGCUGGUGAAAAGAGAGGGUUCAAAUUGUCUGUUAAUGACAUGCUCGUUAAGGCUGCUGCUCUCGCAAUGAAGAAGGCUCCAGAAGUGAAUAGCUCAUGGAAUGACAGUUUCAUUCGUCAAUACAACAAUGUUGACGUUUCCGUUGCUGUUCAAACAGACAAUGGUUUAAUUACUCCAAUUGUUUUCUCUGCUGAAUCAAAGGGACUCGCACAAAUUUCAAAUGAAAUUAAGGCGCUUGCAGCAAAGGCCAGAGAGAAUAAGCUCAAGCCACAAGAAUUCCAAGGAGGUACAUUCACUAUUUCAAAUCUUGGAAUGUUUGGUAUUGAUGAAUUUUCAGCAAUCAUCAACCCACCUCAAGCAUGUAUUUUGGCAGUUGGUAAAUCUCAAAAAAAGGUUGUUGUUAAUGAUAAUCCAACCUCGCCAGAAGACAAGUUCAAGGUUGUGACAACCAUGAAGGUCACUUUGAGCUGUGAUCACCGUGUUGUUGAUGGAGCUGUUGGAGCUCAAUGGUUGCAAGAAUUCAAGACACUUCUUGAAAACCCACUCUACAUGACACUUUAA